AUGAGGAUUGAGCUGUUGGUGGUUGUGGUGGUGGUGGUGGUGAUGGGAAACAUGGUGUUGGAGGUGAACAGCCGGUGGAUUCCUCAGCCAUUUAAGAAAUACCAUGUGAAGGUAGUGAAUCAACUGGGCAACAACAGGCCUCUGAAAGUUCAGUGCAAGUUCGGAGACGAAGAUAAGGGCUUGCACAACCUCGCCGGCGGCCAGGCGUACGAAUUUGGUUUCCACAUAAAAUUCUUCGGGACGACGGUCUGUACGUGUGAGUUUUGGGACGAUAAACAACAACAUUCUGCUUUUACCACCUUUGACUCAAAUGAGAGGUUUGCUAUCUCCCAGUGCGGCGGCAAUUGGUGCAUUUGGGAACCCAGAGAUGAUGGUUUCUACUUGCUUAACACUGAGACUGAUAAAUUUGUAUGGAAACAUCCAUGGGGUAAAAAAUAA